UCUCUAAAUGCUCAAGCUAAUAUCUUUUGCGCUUACCGCAUUUGUUGCAGUCAACGCUGGUGUCACGCCCAAUGAGGCUGACUUGUCUGAGGCAGGAUUCCCUAUUCAAAAGAGCUACUAUGGCGGCGGCGGAGGAGUAGUAGGUAACUGUGUCAUGUACGAGGUCAAGCCUGGCGACUACUGCUACAAGAUUGCAAUCAGCAAUGGCAUUUCGUACCAGCAGUUCCUAGCCCAGAACCCUGGAAUCAACUGCGCUAACCUUUACGUCAACCAGAAGGUCUGUCUACUGCCACUAACUCUUCCUGGGUGGUCAGGAUACAACAAGGCACACCCGGCUUCGUGCAAGACGUAUCAGGUGCAGGCGGGUGACGUGUGCUCUGCAAUCGCAGAGCAGAGCUUCAUGUCAGUCGACCGUUUGGUUGAGCUCAAUGCUAAUAUGGUCGGGUGGAAUGGGUGCCAGGAGCUGUACAUCGGACAAACCCUGUGCCUCGAUUAGAUCCAAGAUAUAGAAAUAGAACGUGCAAUAGGUAGCCUUCUCAUUACACACCAGCAUUAAAUCAGUC